AUGCGCGCGGUAGUGCAACGUGUGAGCUCAGCCUCGGUAACCGUCGACGGCAACGUCGUGUCGUCGAUUUCAAAGGGGCUUAUGGUCCUCGUCGGGCUAGGGAGAGACGACACCACCGAGGAUGUUGACACGAUCUGUAAGAAAAUCCUGAAGCUCCGGAUAUUUGAUGACGGCUCCGGAGCCAUGUGGAAGAAGAAUGUCAAGGACAUAGACGGAGACGUUCUCUGUGUCUCGCAGUUCACGCUCUUCGCCAACACACACAGAAGCAGCAAUCCAGACUUCCAUCGAGCAAUGGGUACAGAGGCCGGCCGGCAAAUGUAUGCGUCAUUUUUGGACAAAAUGCAGGCAUUGUACAAGCCAGACAAGAUAAAGUCCGGACGAUUUGGCGCUAUGAUGAACGUCAGCCUGACGAACGAGGGACCUGUGACGUUUACCCUAGACUCGCGCAAGUUUGAAUACGUAAACGAGCGGGGAGGCGAUGCAGGGGCGGCAAGCAAGGCAACUCAACAGCGAGCAGCCGAGAGUGGUCGAACGCCAGCAACGGAUUCAGCGACAUAA